UGAACAGGGAGAGUCGGACGGCCAUAGGGCAGAGGAAAGAAAGAAAUAAGGAAAGAAAGAGAGGGCAGGGAAAAAGGAAAAGAGAAUCAAGAGAAAGAAAGUAGGAGGAACAAAAGGUCUCAUAUUUACAGACCACAAACAAACAGGAAUUAGUUGGUUUAGACAUCUGGGAACAGAGAGAGAGGGAGUGAGUUUAUCAAGGUCUCAAGGCUUCAGAUUUGCUGUAUCCCGUUCCCCACUGGGCUGUUUUUUUUUUUUAACUUUCUGAGACUCGUGGCUAUUUUGGUCUGUCCGUGUCGGAGUGGUUUAGGAUGGAUGCCAUCAUGCUGCAAGAAAAACUGGUGGAACGGCUGCUGUGCCCAAGAGUGAGAACGGCCAGACAGAAGGAGAAACAGUAUGUGGGUUUUGCGACUCUGCCCAACCAGGUCCACAGGAAGUCUGUGAAGAAAGGCUUCGACUUCACACUGAUGGUGGCAGGGGAGUCUGGUAUGGGUAAAUCCACCCUGGUCAACAGCCUGUUCCUCACAGACCUCUACAAAGACAGGAAGUUGCUGAAUGCUGAAGAGCGCAUCAACCAAACAGUGGAAAUCAUCAAACACACCGUGGACAUCGAGGAAAAAGGAGUCAAGCUCAAACUGACCAUCGUAGACACACCGGGGUUCGGAGAUGCUGUCAACAACAACGAGUGCUGGAAGCCGAUCACAGACUACAUAGAUCAGCAGUUUGAGCAAUACUUCAGGGAUGAGAGUGGGCUGAACAGAAAGAACAUCCAGGACAACAGAGUCCACUGCUGUCUCUAUUUCAUCCCUCCAUUUGGGCAUGGGCUGCGUCCGGUGGACGUUGAGUUCAUGAAGGCUCUUCAUGAAAAAGUUAACAUAAUUCCACUUAUUGCGAAAGCUGACUGCCUCACGCCCAAUGAGAUAAAGAAGCUCAAAGACCGAAUACGAGAGGAAAUAGACAAGUUUGGGAUCAAAGUGUACCAGUUCCCUGAAUGUGACUCUGAUGAGGAUGAAGAGUUUAAACAACUUGACAAAGAGCUGAAGGAGUGCACCCCGUUUGCUGUGAUUGGCAGUAAUACAGUAGUGGAGGCUCGAGGGCAGAGAGUGAGAGGAAGACUGUACCCGUGGGGAAUUGUCGAAGUGGAGAACCAGUCGCACUGUGACUUUGUGAAACUGAGGAACAUGCUGAUUCGUUCGCACAUGCACGACCUGAAAGACGUAACCUGCGACGUCCACUACGAAAACUACAGAGCACAGUGCAUACAGGAGAUGACCAGUAAACUGGCUCAGGAUAACCGCAUGGAGAGUCCCAUCCCCAUCCUGCCACUGUCCACUCCAGAUGUGGACACUGAGAAACUAAUCAAAAUGAAAGAUGAGGAGCUGAAGAGGAUGCAGGAGAUGCUGAAUAAGAUGCAGCAGCAGAUGCAUGAGAAAGACCAGUGACAUCACCCCAGAGCUGAGCUGUGCUGCAGCACCACCUGCUGUUUGUCCCCCCGAACGACAGUGAGACCUUCAGACAUUGAACAUCGUGUCGUGUCUUAGUGGCAACUCUGGCUGUACAUUUCUCUUCAGUUUGGUGCUUUGUAUAGUUUGUCUGCCUGGAGGGUUGUUUGUCAGAGGGUGUUGGUUUUUUUUUUUUUAUGAAAUGAUCAGCUUGCCCACUUUGAGCCCUCCCUCUGUCGUUUAACAGUCUUAACAUAUAUAAUGUUAAUGCGUAAUUUAAAUUACUACUCAGUGUAUCUAAUUUAUAAAUUCAAUGCUUAACUUUUUGGAUAUUCUGCCAGGGUAUGAAUGUGUGUGUUAUGAGAUGUUUUGUAAAGAAAUUUAGGUCGUUGGUGAUGUUUAGAUUUGAACGUGGAUCUUGUUUUUUAUUUUAUCUUUGAGAGUGUGUGUUUGGGUGAGUGAGUGUGUGUAUUUCAUGAAAUUUACCUUGAUAUAACCAGGUAUCCGUCCAUAAAACUCCCGUUUGUUUGACAAGGGUGCCACAGUGACUUUACUUUUAAAACCCAACUUUUGCUCUUGUUUAUUUGCUCUCUGGUCCUCAUAAAUAUCUUCAUGUAACAUUUUUUUUUCUUUUUACAUAUGGCAAGUCAAAAUAUCCUCUUCCAGCAUUUUUUAUAUGUGCUGGCUGAGCUGAAAAUGCACUUAUUGCCAGUGGCUAACUGUGAAUGGAGAGCCUUUGACAUAAUGAGAGGGUUGGUGCAUGUGCAAGCAUGCUGCCAUUACUCAUAUCCGCUAAAUGCUGUGGACCUAUUUUUACUGCUUUAUAGCUGAUGCCCUGUGCUUGUAUUAAAAUGCAUCAUGAUCUACAGUAUGCUUUGCUACCACUAUGAGAUGGUAAAAACAGAUCAGUAAUGAGGAACAAAUGCUGUGUUUAUGCUUCAGUUUUAAAUUUCUAUCCUUGGAAGUGAAGACGUGUAUCCUGUUUAUGAGUUAAGAUUGUUUGAGCGUGUGUUUGUGUGUGUGAAUGUGUGUGCGUGUAGACACCGCUGAUGCUGAGGAGCAGUACAUAUUUUGCCUGAAGGCUGUGAGCUCAGCCUGUGCCCCAUUUAUAUAAAGGUAUGAGUCUUGAAUAAACUCUGGUUUC